GGAAGGAUUUAAACGUCGGAUUUUCUCGGUAAAAUUUCAGAAACGGCCAAUUCACCGGCAGGCUUUUCAAGUUUUCCUUCUUUGGCGCGCGCUUUUGCACACAAUAGUUGCUUCUUCUGCUCUCCGGCAUGCAUAGCACGUGUCCCCGAGCCGAUCAACGGUUAUAACUCAGCAGCUAUGUAUUCUUCUUGGAGCUGUCAGACAUAAAAGACUUCGAAAUACAAGGACGGAAGUAAGGGAAGCCACCGCUUCAUUCAUUCGCUGCAUCUUUCUAUCUAUCAACAAUGGCGAAUUUGCCUCAAUCCCUCUCGAUCAAUGCGCCAUUUGCAGCUGCUGGUUCCUCCGCCCAAAAUGCCGCCGCCGCUUCUCAGGCCAACAAGGAUCACAAGAUGGCGUCUGUAGAGCAUCUCAUUCUGCAACUGAGCAAUCCUGAUCUUCGUGAGAAUGCCCUUCUUGAGCUCUCUAAGAAGAGGGAAUUGUUUCAAGACCUGGCGGUAGCCCCAUUGUUGUGGAAUUCAUUUGGUACCAUUGCUGCACUUUUGCAGGAAAUAGUUUCAAUAUACCCCGUUCUUUCACCCCCAAACCUUACUCCAGCACAAUCAAAUCGAGUGUGCAAUGCUCUUGCUCUUCUUCAGUGUGUUGCAUCUCACCCAGAUACAAAGAUGCUAUUCCUCAAUGCCCAUAUACCUCUAUAUCUUUAUCCUUUUCUUAAUACAACAAGCAAAUCAAGACCAUUUGAAUACUUAAGGCUUACUAGUCUAGGUGUCAUUGGUGCCCUGGUGAAGCAGGUUGAUGAUACAGAAGUUAUCAGUUUUCUUCUUUCAACAGAAAUAAUUCCACUCUGCCUUCGCACCAUGGAAAUGGGUAGUGAAUUGUCAAAAACAGUUGCAACAUUUAUAGUUCAAAAAAUUUUGUCAGACGAUGUGGGCCUGGAUUAUAUUUGUACUGCAGCUGAGCGAUUCUUUGCAGUUGGUCGAGUUUUGGCGAACAUGGUGGCAUCUCUCGCUGAGCAACCCUCAUCUCGUCUGUUGAAACACAUUAUCUGUUGUUAUCUUCGUCUAUCAGAUAAUCCAAGGGCUUGUGCUGCAUUAAGAAAUUGCCUUCCGGACAUGCUAAGGGAUGCUACAUUCAGUAGUUGUCUCCGUGAAGAUCCAACAACCAGGAGAUUGCUGCAACAAUUGCUUCACAAUGUCGAAGUGAAUCGCAUGCCGCCGCUAUAGGCUCUAGAAGGUUUUAAUGAUUUGAUGGUGAAUUAAGUAUGAAUUUAGCUUCAUUCAUGGUCCAAUAAGAAUCUUGUAAGACUAUUAUUUAAUUUUUUUUCUUUCUCCUUAAAUGAGACUAAAUGAACCCAUGGCAAGCAUGAGCAAUGUUGUGAAUCUGACUCAUCAUUAGGUCCAAUCAACAGGGUAGAAAUGAUAUACAUUUGAUUCAUUAAUAUAUUUGAUUCAUAUAA